AUGAAUAAGAAACGGAACGAGAUUCCGGUCGACGAGCGAUAUCUGCAUCGUUUCGCCGUUCUGAAACCAAAAGUGAAGACUGAGGCGACUAGUAAGGAGGGCCGAAAGAAAGGCGAUUUUGAGGACGAUUUUGACGAUGUGGAGAGUGUUAAUUCGGAUGAAUUCAAUCUUUUGCUUGGUAAGGAUUGUGGAUAUGUGCUGAUUGUUUUCAUUGAUAUUAUAGUAUCGAUGAAUGUUUGUGUUAAAAUUUUUUGUAUUGUUUUGUGGGUGUUUUGGUAUUGA